ACAAUUCUGUUCAGACUGGAAUCAUUUCCUCCACAAUGGCGUUCAAAGGAAGUACGAGUAUAGGUUUGUUGGUUUUAAUUAUUUAUGCACAGUAUUCGAAAGGGCAAAUAAACGGAGAGUCACGUAUUGUUGGAGGGACUCCUAUACAAGGGCAUGUUCCAUACCAGGCAUCACUUCAGGGAAGAACGAGUGGUAGUGGCAUAGUAGACAGACUCCUUCAAUUGAUGCUCAUGCAAAGUCUUUCGGAAUAUUCUCAUUACUGCGGAGCUUGCAUCAUAUCUAAGGAGCAUGUUCUCACAGCAGCUCAUUGCAUGGAUGGAGCAGAUCACACGCAAAUAACAGUUGUGGUCGGGACAUCGUCUCGUUUAAGGGGUGGCCGUCGAUAUGCGAUUGCAUCUUAUGUCAAUCACCCCGAUUAUGGUAAACUUCGCAGGAACGAUAUUUCGAUCAUUACUGUAGCAGAACCUUUCACCUUUGGACCAACGAUUAAUAAAAUUGAUUUUCGAGGGCCGGCUGAAAUACUAAGCGGGAUGAGGGUCAAAUUAAGUGGAUGGGGCUAUACAACGCCUUUGGCUACAUUCUCGUUACCUAUCGGAUUGAGAGCGAUCAUUUUGCGAAUAAUUUCCAAUGAGGAAUGCAGAUCUAAAGGAUACAAUGUUUCAGAAGACGAGAUGUGUACUAGUUCGGGAAUAUUAAGAGGAGCCUGCAUGGGUGAUUCAGGCGGACCGUUAGUCACUUUAGAUGGAAAAAAAUUAAUUGGUUUAGUAUCACGUGGUUCGAGCUUAUGUGGAGCCGGACGUCCUGAAGUUUACACUCGGGUCGCACCAUUUGUGUCAUGGAUAGAAAAGGAAAUUGGUCUGACUUCAUCCCCAGAAACUCAAGCGUCAACAUCCUCUCCUCCGGCUCACACUUCUACUGUUGCGAUCCCCACAACCACACCUUCCCCCGCAACCACACCAAAACCUACAACCAAACCUGCAUCUUCAGCCACACCAACAGCUACCAAGCCUACACCUGCAUCCACACCAAGCCCUACCAAACCAAAACCUGCAGUCACACCUACUCCUGCAAGCAUUCCUACACCUGCAGCCACACCAACAGCUACCAAACCUUCACCUGCAAUUAAACCUACACCUGCAACCACACCAACCCCUACCAAACCAAAACCUGCAGCCACAUCUACUCCUGCAAGCAUACCUACACCUGUAGCCACACCAGCAGCUACCAAACCUUCAUCUGCAGCUACACCCAAUCCUGUAACCAUACCUUCACCUGCAAUCCCACCUACGCCUUCAGCAACUCCACCGCUUUCUACUAAGGCCCCUACAUCAGGGUCCAUCGUAACAGCAUUUACUCCCGUGGGAGCGCAGACAGUUCAAACCUUAGCUCCAACUACAGCAAUUCCAGCAACUUCAGCACCAAGCACUACAGCUAUAUUGGAAUCGAGUACAGGAUUCACAGCGAUGGAUAAUGUGGAAGCUAUCACUGAACCUGCCGCGGAAGUAGCAGCCGCGAUUGUUACGGAGCCAACUACGGCAAUAGCUAUGGAUCCAGUCACGGAACAGGCUAUAGAACCGGAAAUUGUAGUUACACCUAGCACGAUUGACACAACGAUUCAGCUGUAAGUUGAAGGGAAGCUGGAGAAAAAACUGCAAAACCAAACAGAUAUAUGUAUGUAUAUGUAUAUAUCCUUGCGAUAUUUAAUUCAGGGAUUUCAUAUUUUAAAGCAACAAUUCUAACAAAAUGAUCUGUGUGUAUGUAAAAUAAGCCUGUAGUGAAGGUGAUCAAGGAGUU